CCCUCGUUCGCAGCCCGGCCUUCCCACCACGCGAACCGCGAGCACGACGCCGGCGACGAGGACCGACGCCGAGCGCCGCCGCCGAACCCAACCGACGAGCCGGCGGAGAUGCUGCUGGAGGAGCUGCUCCGCUGCCAGAUCCAGGAGUGGUACCCGGCGUUCCGGCGCCACACGGUCCCCACCGCCAUCAUCCCGCUCCCGGCCGCCUUCCUCCGCUACCUCGCCGGCCGGACCGCCUACCCCGGCCCCGACGGCCCCGACGAGGGCGAGCAGGGGCCGCUCCCCUUCGUGCUCCCGACGCUCACCUCCGGCCGCGCGCCCUUCCCGCCGCUCCAGGGCCACUUCCCGGACCCCGUCUCCCUCCUCGAUCGCGACAACACCGACCCCCUCUUCGGCGGCUCCGGCUCCGACUCCGACGAUGACGAGGGCCUGCCCCCGCCCGCGUUCCCGGAGCUCGAGGCCGCGGUGAACGCCGCCAUCGCCGGCCUCGGCGGCGCCGCGCUCCCCAAGCUCAACUGGAGCGCGCCCAAGGACGCCGUCUUCAUGGCCGCCGACGGCACCGUCCGCUGGACCUGCUUCGCCGAGGUCGCCAUGCUGCUCCGCGCCUCCGACUGCGUCGCCCACGACCUCGUCUCCGCGCGCCGCUCCUGCCACGACUUCCUGCGCGCCAAGCCUGUUCGACGGAAUGCCGCAGAGGGCGGUCUGAGUGAUCCUGGUGAGAAUUGCAGCGAUGGAGGUGCCCGUGGCGGUGGGAGUGGUGCGCCGGAAGAGGAUGCCGAACAAGAAAGCAGUGAUGAUGAUGAGACUUGGGUCGACGAUGGGUUCCAGUACUACCUCGCGCUCCGCAAGUGGUACCCAGGCCUCCGCCCCGAGUCGGAGUUCCGCUGCUUUGUGCGGGGGCGGAAGCUGGUCGGUGUGUCGCAGAGGGACCCGUCUGCCUACUACCCUUCGCUGCCUGGGUGGAGCGCUGAGGUGCAGCCUAAGACCGAGGAUUUCUUCGAAGAAUUCAUCGAGCCACAGUUCGCUUCAGAGAAUUAUACGUUUGAUCUGUAUGUGAGAGCCGAUGGCCGGGUGAAGCUGAUCGACUUCAAUCCUUGGGGUGGCUAUACCCUGCCGCUGCUGUUCACAUGGGAGGAGCUUGAGGAGGAGCAGAGAGGGGAGGACGAGCUGGAGUUUCGAGUGGUGAUGCAGCAGGGUGCAGUGAGGCCAGGGUUAAUGACAGCAAUUCCGUAUGAUAUGCUGGAUUGGGGGGAUGGCAGUGGGUGGGAUGUGUUUCUGAAGAAGGCUGGCAAUGAGCUCGACAGACAGAUGGCAUCAUUAGGUGUGGAUUCGUAGUCGUGCCCUGCUCUACAACAAGGUGCUUGAGGACUCCAGUAGGUGAACAAGUGAAGUGAUGGCUCUUGGUAAUGUUUCAUCUGUCGAACACUAGAAGUACAAGCUUUCUUCAGAUUGUGAUGCAACUUCGCGAUACUAGGCUGUUCUCUUUUCUCUUGACUUCUGUAAUGCUAGGUUGCUAGUAUUGAAUUACCUCGUGUUGCUUUAUGUCAGUUAUAUCUUAAGAUAUUUACAGAAACAUGUCUGUAGUGGAAGUUUGUGGCUCAUGGCUGAAAUUUCAGUGGUUCUCUUAUCUCUUCAACAUGAAUACACCCCCUAUAUUUAUUUC